AUGGCAAUACCUCUCCUCUCACUCACCAGACUCGGUCUACUUCACUCGAUAGGGUCACUCCUUCCAAUCCUCCCACUACCUGCGCUCGCCGUACCUGCCGCAGCCCACCUCAAUAUACCAAAGUUCCUGCCCGGUAUUUGGGAAUCUAUCCUCCGGGCCGUCCCCAAGAAGAAGCAGAGUCACUCGAGAAAACGUAUGCGACAGCUGGCUGGAAAGGCGUUGCAAGACAUCACUGCCCUCAAUGACUGCCCGGCCUGUGGAAAAGUCAAGAGGCAGAAUAUGUUGUGCAAGCCAUGCGUAAACGAGAUCAAGGACAUGUGGAGAGCGGAGGCUGCGGAAGAGGAUGCACUCAAGGAGGGCAGAAGUCCAACUGCAGCCCCAUAAGUCGGCGAUGAGGAAGGGGGGUACAAACGGGAGCGAUUGACAGGGAGCUGGUGGAAGCUGUAGGGACUAUUCUGCAUCUGGAGCUAUCCCCCAUUUUUUGAGGGGGGGGGGGGGGUGAGAGUGUGGUCAGCGACAGCCAAAUGGAGCGGGUUUUUAUAUGGGAAAAGCAUGCAUAUUGUAUAUAAAAACAUGGUAGGUUUGGCAUGAUAUAUGGGGUAUCAUACCGAUAAGGCUACAAGGAAGGGGGAGACUGUACAAAACAUAGAGAUCCCAGGAAGCUAUCAAUUACACAACCUCUUCCAACAGUUCUGUCAAGAGGUGUUUUUUGAGGGCGUUAAAUCUUCGCGCAAACAGCUUCACCCUCAUAAUAUUAUUGUAGUCCUCCUGCUUCACUGGGAGAAACAAUUUCAAAUCUAUCUUUGCUCCCAUGCCCUAACCAACACAUACCCGUCCCAUUCCCUAUUCCCCGCUGUGGGGCAGACAAGUCGGGAUGUUGAGCCUCAAUUUGGCACACCAUGGUGACGCGUGCACUCCCGACCCCACCAUGCAGCACACUCCUGGGCUUGAAUAUCUUCCUCUCCGGCCUCCUCCUCCUUACCCGCACACACAAUUACCCCAAUUUCAUGAGCCUGGGGCACUCGAACCAUGGUGAGUUAAGAACGGCCUUGCAUUCUACUGUACUUGGAACCAGCGCUAACCUUCAAAAUCCAGUCGAAACAAUAUCUGACAGAACAUGUCGUUGAGAAUGGUGAGCACCAAGUUCCACGGGCUCCGCACUUGACGGGGGGGCAAGCUUAUAAGUAGCAGCACAUCCUUCCGACAUAUUUGCCAUUGCAGUCAAUACAGCAUAUGCUAUUUCUGCUGGAGGAGAUUCAAGCAUACAAGUUUGGAGCCUACACGGACCAGAUCACCACCUAGUUCACAAGUUCGAGAAUGCACAUCCCCUCGGCGUUCACCACCUUGCUACCAACAAAGACGGCAGGUUUGCCGCUAGUGCCGGCUUUGAUGGAACAAUCAAUAUAUGGGAUCUUGAGAGCCUUUCCCUCAUCAAGCAGGUCGCAAGUUUGUCCUACAUCCGAGCCACAUUUUCUGGAUCUCGUACUCACAGGGUUUUAUACCAGAAGGAAGAUCAUCAGGCGAAGUUUGGGCCAUCGCCCUGUCACCUACUGGAAAAUUUAUGGCCGCUACUACUUAUAAUGGAAGGGUGUGCGUUUAUGAUGUCUUUGAAGCCGGUGAGAAGCUCCGGGAAUAUGAGACCAAGGGAAGCUUUGGAAUGAGUGUUGAUAUCGUAAGAGCCCCAGCUAUUGGAAUUUGUUUCUCUUGCUCUCGUUUUGAAACCAAACGUCUCAUCUGAAGUAGUCCGCAGAUGGAAAGCUUAUCGCUUCGGGGCACGAGAAUGGUGGAGUUUACAUUUUCAACAAUGAAACCGGCAAAAUACACCACUCAUUGCCUGGUCAGUCCACAAAACGUACUACCUAGUAAGCUGCUCUAACUCGCCCAGGCCUCAUCAGAACAGUCAGAUCUGUAGCAUUCUCUCCAGGAGGAAGACUACUCGCGGCGGCAGGCGAUUCCAACAUAAUUGCACUGUACGAUAUUAUAUCUGGUGAGCAAGUUGGCAAUCUGUCGGGCCAUAGCAGCUGGAUAUUUUCGAUUUCCUGGAGUAAAACUGGCGAAUAUAUUCUCAGUGGGUAAGUCUUAGGCUUCCGCAAUCUCCUUGUUUCGCAAGUACUUAUCAACCUGGUUCAAUAGCGCUUUUAACGGAAAAGUUAAGGUUUGGUCGACCGAUACGAAGACCUGUGUUGCGACCCACACUGAGAAUGACAAAGCUCUGUACGGGGUAAAAUGGAUUCCAAAAUUCUCCGGAGUAGGCGAAGGAUUCUUCACAGCUGGAGCGAAUGGGAAGUUAUGCUUUUACCGUGAGGCGACAGGCAGUUGAAGAUGCUUUUCGAGUUCAAUCUUUGGCUAGGGUACCAGUACAGAAUAAAAAUAAAAUCAAUUAAAAUUAAAAAUCACAAAAUCAUGUACAUGUAUUAAAAAUUUAUAGGUAAUGCAUCCCAUAGAUGUACAAUCUAAUGGAACGCGGGAAAGGCGCUAUAUCCAAUGCUGAGUGCACGAUACUGUAUCCAUCGCCAGGGUACCGCCAGAUUAUACGAGUACAAUAUGGUAGUACUCAUACACUCCUGUGAUACUAAGCUGUAUUUCAGUGUUCCCAUCACACAGUCUGCGGGUACAAGUUACUUGUACGGAAUCCAGAUUCUCAAGCUC